AUGCACUGGUGCCUGCUCCUGAUCUGGGCCCAGGGCCUGAGGCAGGCUCUCCUCCUCGCCUCAGUUACGACAGGCACAAUAAUGAUGAAGGGGAACAUUUCUGCAGAGGAAGGUGGCUCGGUCAUCUUACAGUGUCAUCUCUCCUUCACCAUGACUGAAGUGACCCAAGUCAACUGGGAACAGCGGGACCAACUUCUAGCCAUUUGUCAUACUGAAUAUGGGUGGUACAUCAACCCGGCCUUCCGUGAGCGGGUGGCCCCGGGCCCUCACUUUGGCCUCACUUUCCGCUCACUGACCACGAAUGACACGGGGGAGUACUUCUGCAUCUAUCACACCUACCCUGAUGGGAUUUACAAGGGGAGCAUCUUCCUGGAGGUCCUAGGAAGCUCAGGUAUUUCCUCAGGAGCACGCAGCGUCGGGUUCCAGGUCCCAUUGCUUGCAGUGCUGGGGGUCAUCGGCAUAGCAGUCAUCGGGAUGGUGGCAGUGGCUAAAAAGAAGACAUCUUUCAGAAUCCCUUCGGUGGAAAGUGACCUCAGGAGAUCACCCCCUGCACAGCAGGAGUGGAGCCCCAGCAUCUCCUCAUCCCCUGGAAACUAUGUACUGGCAGGAGCUACCCCUGCUGUCCUCUGCAGUGUGCAGAGGGAAAAUGACUAUGCUGAGCCUCAUGACUACUUUAAUGUCCUGAGUUACAGAAGCCUGGGCAGCUUCAGCUUCCUCACAGAGACUGGUUAA